GGCCUCCGCGUCGGCUGCGGUGGCGGCAGCGGCCCCGGUAGCGGCGGCAGCCGAGGAGACAGCGGAGGCGGCGGGCGGGGCCGGGCCGGGCCGGGCCGGGCGGGCGGGCGAGCGAUGGCGAAGAGCCGCGGAGAGAACGGGCCGCGCUCGCCGGGGCCGGACGGGAGCCUGUCGGGGACCCGGGAAAGCCUGGCCCCAGGCCCGGACGCGGCCUCGGCUGCCGACGAGCUCAGCUCACUGGGCUCGGACUCGGAGGCCAACGGCUUCGCGGAGCGCCGCACCGACAAGUUCGGCUUCCUUGUAGGCGCGCAGGGCGACCCCGGCUCCCUAGAGGAGGUGCCGCUGGAAGUGCUGAGGCAGAGGGAGUCCAAGUGGCUGGAUAUGCUCAACAGCUGGGACAAAUGGAUGGCCAAGAAGCAUAAGAAGAUCCGUCUGCGGUGCCAGAAGGGGAUCCCGCCGUCUUUGCGGGGCCGGGCCUGGCAGUACCUGUCAGGAGGGAAGGUGAAGCUCCAGCAGAAUCCCGGCAAGUUUGAUGAGCUGGACCUCUCCCCAGGAGACCCCAAAUGGCUGGAUGUGAUCGAGAGAGACCUGCACCGACAAUUCCCCUUCCAUGAGAUGUUUGUGUCCCGCGGGGGCCACGGCCAACAGGACCUGUUCCGAGUGCUGAAGGCCUACACGCUGUACAGGCCGGAGGAGGGCUACUGCCAGGCCCAGGCCCCCGUGGCGGCCGUCCUGCUCAUGCACAUGCCUGCUGAGCAAGCUUUCUGGUGCCUCGUGCAGAUCUGUGAGAAGUACCUGCCCGGCUACUACAGCGAGAAGCUGGAGGCCAUCCAGCUGGACGGGGAGAUCCUGUUCUCGCUGCUGCACAAGGUGUCUCCGGUGGCCUACAAACACCUGAGCAAGCAGAAGAUCGACCCCAUCCUGUACAUGACCGAGUGGUUCAUGUGCGCCUUCUCCCGCACGCUGCCCUGGAGCUCGGUGCUCCGCGUCUGGGACAUGUUCUUCUGCGAAGGUGUCAAGAUACUCUUCCGGGUGGGCCUGGUGCUGCUCAAGCACAGCCUGGGCUCCUCCGACAAGCUCAAGGCCUGCCAGGGCCAGUACGAGACCAUGGAGCGGCUGCGCAGCCUGAACCCCAAGAUCAUGCAGGAGGCCUUCCUGGUGCAGGAGGUCAUCGAGCUGCCAGUGACCGAGAGGCAGAUCGAGCGUGAGCACCUGAUCCAGCUCCGCAAGUGGAAGGACACCCGGGGCGAGCUGCAGUGCCAGUCGCAGCCCAGGCUCCACGGGGCCAAGGCCAUCAGUGAGGCAGAGCCGGCCCCCCGCAAGGCGCUGGAGCCCUCGCCCUCCAUCCGCCUGCCCCCGGGCACCCAGCUGCCAGCCCCGGGCACCAAGAGCAAGCAGCAGAAGCAGGCAGAGAAGGAGCACCAGAAGGCCAUGAAGGAGAAGGCCAGACGGCAGAAGGGUCAGCAGCCCGGCCCGGCCCCAGAGCUGCCCAGUGAGGGCGGCAGCCCUGGCCCAGAGGCCCCUGACCAGGGCCCGGGCCCCAGCACUGCCCCGCAGCCCCGGGACGCAGACGCCAAGGACUCGCCCCGUCAUUCCAAGGAGAGCCUGACCUCCCAGGAGAGCGAAGACACUUACUUGUAAUAGGGCCGGGGUCCCCGCUUCCUCAGUUUCUCUUUUCCUUAGGGCUGGGCGGGACGUUCCAGGAGGCCCUUCCCCCCUCAGGGGUGGCCAGGAGCAGGGGCUGGUGGUGUGGCCGAGAAGCCUCUGAGACAGGAGGAAGGCCCUGGCGCUCGAUGGCCCCGGGGAGCUCGGCUCCUCUCCUUCCUGGGCUGCAGCGAGGCUCUUCGGGGCCCGGGCCGUCCUCUUCUCCCUCACGGUCAGAGGGGAGCCCCCUCCACCUGUCUCGAUCUCGGCUCAGAGGCCAGGGCAGGCCGCCAUGCUGCUUGGGGGACGGGGAGGGGGUCUGCCGGCCCUCAGCGGGCUGGGAGCCUCCACCUUCCCAGCACUCCCUGUGUCUGUGGCGAGCUCCUCAGCCCUGGGACUAUUUAUUCUCUCUAGUGCUGGGCCCCGGCCCAGACGGGCCGCUCUGCCCAGAGGACGGCCGAGCAUCCGUCCUCUAGGCCAGUCCCCGGGCCCUCAGGCGCCCGUUGGCCACAGUGAGAUCAAGUGCUUCCUAUCGCCCCAGUGGGGCUUUCCCCAACUCGCCGUGCCCGGGGUGGGGGGGCCAGACCUCCCUCUGACCCCGAGCCUCCAGCCCUACCAGUCUGCUGCCACCGUCCCGGGCUUGGGCUCCGCUCGCUGGAUGGCCCACAGGGAGGGAAGGGCCUCCGCUGGGAUGAGGCAUCAGCCUGCCCUGGGGGGGUGGGCACAGGAGGCCCGUUCCUUAGGGGGAAGAGGUAUGGGGAUAGGUUCUCUUUGUGUAAAGUAAUGGUUUUGUACAGAAAUAAACCGGGUUAUCUAGA